AGUCGCUCAAGCCCUUUAAGGAACGUCGAUUUUUAUUUUUUUAUUUUUUUUGGACAAAAUGGGAGUUCGCUUUGCCGUUGUUUUGCUGGGAACCUCUCUUCUCCUCACUUUUAAUACUCAAGGCCAGAGCUUGGACAUCAUGCCUCACAGACCCGGAAUGAAACUAAACUCCGACCCGCGCAAGCUGGAGAACGGCGUGACGCUGGCCCCCGAGGACAUGGUGCCGUUCCUGCACUGCUACUGCUCCGGCUACUGCCCCGAGGAUGCCGUGAACAACACGUGCAUGACUAACGGCCAUUGCUUUGCGAUAAUCGAAGAAGACGAGCACGGGGAGAUCACGAUGACGUCUGGCUGCAUGAAACUGGAAGGCUCCGAUUUCCAGUGCAAGGAUUCCCCCAAAGCUCAGUUACGCAGAACCAUCGAGUGCUGCCGGACGGACUUCUGCAACAGGGACUUAAAGCCCACCCUGUCCCCGCUUCCUCCCGACGGGCUGUUUAGCAGGAGCAUGCACGUCUUCGCCCUGGUCAUAUCGGUCGCCGUCUGCUUAUUGAUCGUCGUCGGGUUGAUCCUCAUCACCUGUAUCUACAAGCAUAAAUUCAAAGCCCAGAGGAUGUUUUACAACCGAGACCUGGAGCAAGACGAGGCGUUCAUACCGGCGGGGGAGUCGCUGAAGGCCCUCAUCGACCUCUCGCAGAGUUCUGGCAGCGGCUCCGGCCUGCCUCUGCUGGUCCAGCGCACCAUCGCCAAGCAGAUCCAGAUGGUGAGGCAGAUCGGGAAGGGCCGCUACGGCGAGGUGUGGAUGGGCAGGUGGAGGGGCGAGAAGGUCGCCGUCAAAGUCUUCUUCACGGCCGAGGAAGCCAGCUGGUUCAGGGAGACGGAAAUCUAUCAGACCGUCCUCAUGCGCCACGAGAACAUCCUGGGCUUCAUAGCUGCGGACAUUAAAGGGACCGGUUCGUGGACUCAGAUGUACCUGAUCACCGAAUACCACGAGAGCGGCUCCCUGUACGACUUUCUCAAGUGUGCCACCCUGGAUACCCGAUCGCUGCUCAAGCUGGCGUAUUCGGCGGCGUGCGGCCUCUGCCACCUUCACACCGAGAUCUACGGCACCCAGGGGAAGCCGGCCAUCGCGCACCGGGACCUGAAGAGCAAAAACAUCCUCAUCAAGGAGAACGGCACCUGCUGCAUAGCCGACCUGGGGCUCGCCGUCAAGUUUAACAGUGACACGCACGAAGUGGACAUACCCCUGAACACGCGCGUCGGCACCAAGCGCUACAUGGCCCCCGAGGUGCUGGACGAAAGCCUAAAUAAGAACCAUUUCCAAGCUUAUAUCAUGGCCGACAUUUACAGCUUCAGCCUGAUCGUCUGGGAGAUGACCCGGCGGUGCGUCAGCGGGGGUAUUGUUGAAGAAUAUCAGUUGCCGUACUACGACAUGGUGCCAAGCGACCCGUCUUUCGAGGACAUGCGUGAAGUCGUGUGCAUUAAAUGCGUCCGGCCCACCGUCUCAAACCGAUGGAACAGCGAUGAAUGCCUGAGAGCCAUCUUGAAGCUCAUGUCCGAGUGCUGGGCGCAGAACCCGGCUUCCCGCCUCACGGCCCUGAGGAUCAAGAAGACGCUGGCCAAGAUGGUCGAGUCCCAAGACGUCAAAAUUUGACGCUAGAGACGGGGGCGCCGCCGGAGGCAGGACUCUUAUUACGCCGACGGAGCGGGGAGGAAAAAAAAAAAA